CCUACGGGCAACGGCGGUGGGGGGAUGUGUACAGAGAGCGGAACCGGAGAGCGGUUUUAUAGUGUGAUCGCGCGCCGACUGCUCCGCGACGGAGUCUACGGUUACUAUAUACGACAGUCGAAAGACCUACGAUCAACCACCACUCGCCAGUCAGUCACCGGUGCGGUGUGUGCUAGUGAGGUCGUCGUCGUCGUCGUCGUGUCAACGCUCGCCCGCGCGCCCCGUUCAUUUGGCGCGUCUCUAUCGCGACCGUCGUAAGCGCCGUCUGUCGAAAUGACCGUUUCGGGUCCCGUUUAAAAACAACGACUUCGGCGCGUUUCCGCGACUUUUUUUUUUCCAAACGCGUGUUCCGGUCCGGCGUAUUUCCCACGAAAAUGUCCGCGGUCGGCCGUCUGCUGCAGCUGCCGCUGCUCCGGCUGUUGUUGGCCGCAGCGUCCGUGGUCCGAGGCGGAUCUGCCGCGUACUGCGACGAAAACUUGUUCCCGGAAGUCGAUGACGCACAGCGGCAGUACUCCGGCGUCCGGUUCACCAAGGAACUCAGCGCCACCGAGUACGGGCCGCUCAACUCGUUCAAGACGCUUCACUGUUGCGGCGAGAGAUACCUCAGUCUCGAAUGGUUUAAAGAUAAUCGUCCCUACCCCUGGCCUGGUGACGUUUCCAGUUUCAUAUUGAAUCCCGAAAGCGCUAAUCAAACCAUAUACACUCGGAGUUUGACGUCUUCUGACCAUGGUGUGUAUACUUGUCAACUAGCCAAUCAAACGAACAUCGUAAAACAUUCAAUGAAGCUCGUCACUUUUGAUGUUAAGUCUUAUUGGGAAGACCCUCUGCCUACGUACGAAAUGGCAAAUGUACACUAUGCUCAACCAGGAGAAUUGGUCAGACUGUAUUGUGAGGGGUUUGUAGGGAAAGUUGGUCUUCCGGACGCUGUCAACACAAUAACGUGGAAAAAAAUCAGUGAAAAACAGACAAUUGUUUCAAACGAUAAAUACAGAAUAGAAGAAGUGAUUAGAGAAAAUGACCAAGUAUUGGGAGCAUUCCUAUUCAUAAACAAAAUUCAAGAGACUGACUAUGGACAGUAUAUGUGUUCCAUCAGCAAUACUGAUGACCAAAUUGUGCAACAGUUUACUAACAUCACAAAACCCGUGUUUAACUACGAACAAUCCGAUAAAAAAGUGCAAAGAGACCUUAAAUUGAUAAUUUUUGUCAUGAUUGCGUUAAUUUCGAUCGUUUGGAAACGCUGGUGGUUUUACUUAACGUAUCAAAAGCUGAAGAAAAAAUUUGAAAGUGAUAAAUAUGCGCUAUCGGAGAAGACUAUAUAUAAUGUAAUUGUAUUUUACGACGAAGCGAACAAAGAAAAUGCCCAAUACUUGGUGGAAAAUAUGGAACAUCGUGAUAAUUAUAUAACUAAGAAAUAUCACAUCGAUUAUGACGAAGAUUUAAUCAAAACACAAACAGAUUUAGUUAAAGGUUUUGACUUUGCUGUAUAUUUAUUGUCUUCAGAUGACAAAAUUACAUCGUCAUUGAUGAAAAAAUCAUUGCAAACAUCUUUUGUCUAUAACAACGCCACUCCUAAGAAAUUCAUAAUCGAUUGUAGUAAUAUGCCCAUGACGCCGACCAAAUCGUGGUGUGACAGGGUCCUAGCGGACCUGAGAAGUGAUGAGCACACAAAGCAAAAUAAAAACGCCUCGAACAAAUUGAUGAGAGUUGUCUAAAUAGAAUUGUAACAACGUUCGGUAGCCGUCAAUGUCAUAAUAUAAUGUUUAUAUUAUAUUGUCGAAACAUAGUAUUCCUAUACACACCAAACAUUAUAUAACCACGAGAUGAUGAGAUUCCAUUAACAAAAACAAAAAUCUUUAUUUAUUAUUGUUAUAUAAUCUAAUAUAUAAAAUAUUAUAUAGGUACCUAAUAAUAUUAUUGAUUUCGUUAUGAUUAUACAUAAUAAUUUAUAUAUUAUUAUUAUAAUUUACUAUACCGACAGGCGACAAGUCACAUAUUAUAUAAUAUUAUAUGCUACAUACGAUACGUAUUCGUGUGUAUAUGCUCCGUAGUGUAUACACGCGUUUAAUAUUUUUUUUUAUAUCCUAUGGAUGCUACUUAUUGUUGUUGUACUUAAUAAUAUCGUAGUUUUUGUGGGCGAUUACCGCGUGAUUAACUCGCAAGUUCUACGGGUAUCGUUGAAUGGACAAAUUUAAUGUAGGGUCAAUUGUCGUUGUUGCUAUUACGAUGCGUACGGCUUGCAGCGGUGAGUUUAUAUAGUAUUUAUUUAAUAUUAGUUAAAGUCGACCGGUCUGUAUGUAUAGUUAUUAUAUUUAUGUAAACAGUAUUAAUUUGUGCCGUUGGAAAAUGAUCAAUGAUCAAUAUUCUCCUCCGCACAAACCUAAAUUUUCAAUUUUGCUAAUCAUGUUAUAAUUUAAUAUAAUAUAUAAUGUUAUGUUUGUAUUUUCCUCUGAUUGUGGCCAUAUUUCUCUCUCUCCCCUUCUUUCUCUAUAUCUGUCUCUGUCUCUAUCCGUUUGUAUCCAUAUAUCUACUAUAUACACACAUCCCUUAUAUACUCUCGAUCUUAUUGACGAAUCAAAGUUUUGGUUCGUUUUUUUUUUUUUUUUAACCACCUAGGUUUAAUUUUGGAGAUAAUAUGUAAUUUUAAUAUAAUAAAACGCCUAUUGUAAAAUGUUAAAAA